CCAUACUUUUUUCCACACUGGCCUUCUUCUCUGUCUCUCUCUCUCUCUCUGUUUCUGUCUCUCUGCAUUUACACACUCACUGACUCACAUACAAUCAUUCUACUCUCUCUACACAGUUUUUUUCUUCUUCUCUAUUCAUGGGUUUCUUUCUGCCAUUUCUCCUAGUUCUAAUGCUCCAAUCAAGCAAUGGUGAGUGGCCUCCUUCACCAGGUUACUGGCCAAGUAGUAGGUUCAAGUCAAUGAGCUUCUAUGCAGGGUAUAGAAAUUUAUGGGGUUCUUCACAUCAAAGUGUGGACCAAAAUGCCUUAACAAUCUGGCUUGAUAGAACCUCAGGAAGUGGGUUUAAGUCAGUGAAGCCAUUCAGAUCAGGGUACUUUGGUUCCUCCAUUAAGCUCCAUCCUGGUUACACUGCUGGAGUCAUAACAGCCUUUUAUCUGUCAAACAGUGAAGUUCAUCCAGGGUACCAUGAUGAAGUGGACAUAGAGUUUCUUGGAACAACAUUUGGGAAGCCAUACACAUUACAGACCAAUGUGUACAUAAGAGGAAGUGGAGAUGGCAAAAUCAUUGGCAGAGAAAUGAAGUUCCAUUUGUGGUUUGAUCCAACCAAAGAUUUCCAUCACUAUGCCAUCCUUUGGAGCCCCAGAGAGAUCAUAUUUCUUGUUGAUGAUGUGCCCAUAAGAAGGUACCCAAGAAAGAGUGAUGCAACAUUUCCAUUAAGGCCCAUGUCGGUUUAUGGUUCAAUAUGGGAUGCCUCAUCUUGGGCUACAGAAGAUGGAAAAUACAAAGCUGACUACAACUACCAACCAUUUGUUGCAAGAUAUAAUAACUUCAAAGCCGGUGGUUGCUCAGCCUACUCGCCAUCCUGGUGCCGCCCUGUCUCCGCCUCUCCGUUCCGGUCGGGCGGGCUGAGCAGACAACAAUACAGAGCAAUGAGAUGGGUACAAACCCACAAUUUGGUCUAUAACUAUUGUAGAGACCCCAAGAGAGACCAUUCCAAAACACCUGAAUGUUGGGGCUAAUAAAAGUGAAACUUGAAGAAGAGUGGAUUCCAAUACUUUUCUUUUCUUUUCUCUUUUUGUUUACUUGUCAAGCAAUUUUUGUUUUCUUUUUUCUUUUGGGUGGUCUCUUUGAAGGUGUGUGUUGAGAAGGAUCCUACCUACCAACAAUGUUGUGCAAAUGUAGCUGACAAAGAAGAAAAAUUGGAAAUUGUGCAAUUUCAAUUU